GGGCCGAGGCGCAUCGAGGUGCCCCGGCCGCCCUCCAUCGAGGAGUUCACCAUCGUGAAGCCCAUCAGCCGCGGCGCCUUCGGGAAGGUGUACCUGGGCCGCAAGGCGGGGAGGCUCUAUGCCGUGAAGGUGAUGAAAAAAGCAGACAUGAUCAACAAAAACAUGGUUCACCAAGUCCAGGCAGAAAGGGAUGCACUGGCUCUUAGUAAAAGUCCUUUCAUUGUGCACUUAUACUACUCACUUCAGUCAGCUAAUAACGUCUAUUUAGUGAUGGAGUACCUUAUCGGUGGCGAUGUCAAAUCUCUUCUCCAUAUUUAUGGGUAUUUUGAUGAAGAAAUGGCUGUUAAGUAUAUUUCUGAAGCAGCAUUGGCUCUUGACUAUCUUCACAGGCAUGGAAUAAUUCACAGGGAUCUGAAGCCAGACAAUAUGCUCAUUUCUAAUCAGGGCCAUAUAAAGUUGACAGACUUUGGACUCUCCAGAGUUACUCUGAACAGAGAGAUAAAUAUGAUAGAUAUCCUUACUACACCAUCAAUGGCAAAACCAAAACAAGACUACUCGCGUACUCCAGGACAGUUAUUGUCUCUCAUCAGUUCUCUGGGUUUUUACACUCCUGUUGGCAUGAAAAUGCCAGAGCACAAUUCAAGUCAAUCAUCUGACAGUCUGCAUGGAAUGGUCUCACCUUUACCUCUGGUCCAAAAGGAAAAUACCCCUCUUUCAACUAAAUUAUUUAAACCACGUCUUGAUACUUCUCAGUUAACUCCUGUGAUGCCAGGGAAAAGUUUAACUCCUACUCUGCUUCAGUCAAGAAAAAGGUUUGAUACCUCCAAUGCCAGUAGUCAUUCACACACAUACCUGUCCAGUACAGAAUCAGAAUGCUGCAGCAGCCCCAAGUGGGAGAAAGAUGUAGAGCAAAGUGAAGACAAGCUAUGUUCUGUAACAGGCAAAACAAGUAACAGUGGGUCGGCUCUCCUUUCCAAUGUAGAGUUGCUGAAUAGCAAAGGUAUUCAGGUUUUAAAGAAAAAAGAACUGGAGUGUGCCAUUUCUCCCAUCAGCAGCAAUGAUUCUGGCAGCAGGCAGAAGAUGGGAAGUGAGCAUUCUGAUAUAACAGGUACUCCUGUAUCCACACUGGAUGUGAAAGGCAUAGUCAGAAAGUGUCUUUCUGAAAAUAAGAUGUGGGAAGAAAAACUCCUUGUAAAUAAAAGGCAUAUGACUAAUGAAACAGCAGGAACUUCCAGUCAACAACAGUCACCUUUAAGGCAGAAUGAGCCUGUCAGGCACAUCAAAGAGGAAGAAAUUCUUGAAAAGCCAGGUGUAAAAAGAAGCUUUGAAUUAGUAGACACUAGUCCUUGUCAGGAAUGUAACUAUGUUAAAAAAAGCAACGCAGAAUAUAAACGUGGCUGUCAGAUCUCAGAAUUUCCAGCAAACAAAAGGACAGGUUUGACAACAGACAUUCAGUCCUUAAUGCUUUGUGAUGUUGGAUGCCUACGUGACACCUGCAAAAGUACAGAUGAAAUUAAGAAUUCUAUUGGUAACCAGCAAACUGUAGAAAAAUCACGUGCUCCAAUUAUAGCAAAAAAUCUUAUGUGUGAUCUGGAUGCAGACUAUGAAAAGGAUGAUAAAGAGGAGUACAUGAACUCCAGUUUUUUAGGCACUGAUGAUGAAAAACCUUUAGGAAUGCUCAGUGUGGAUUCUGACUUAUCACUUCCUGAAAUGUCUGCUACAGAAAGCCAUUUAGAAAAGCAGCUUUUGAGUUUGGAUAAAAGUGUUAAAGAUCUCUCCUUUGAGGAACCAAAACCAGAAGGCAUGCUAAUAACAUCAACAGAGUCACAAGAUGCCUCACAAAAUGGAGAGGAAGCACAUACUGCCCAGGACUGCCAGCCAUUACAUCAUGAAAAAGAUAAUGACCAAAAACACCUGAAAGAAACUUACCUUGACACAGUGUCUUCUCCUUCAGAAAAGAUGAUGGAAGCAUUGACUCUCUUAAAAAAAAAUGCAGUUGUUUUUCGAAGUUAUAAUAGUCCAAUUAAUGUAUCUAAUGUAUCUGAGCCAUGUAGCACGGCUUCCUUAGAUAUAAUGGAUCUUUCACCUGCUUGCAGUGGCUCUUACCCAACAGCUAUUACUCCAUUACAGAAAGGAAAACCAUAUAGGGUCUAUCAGACACCUUAUCAGGGAGAUGCUGGCACACCAUAUAGGACUCCAAAGAGCGUAAGAAGAGGAGCUGCCCCAGUAGAAGGUGAACGCAUCCUAGGGACCCCAGACUACCUGGCGCCAGAGCUGCUUUUGACAAAGCCUCAUGGUUCUGCUGUAGACUGGUGGGCCCUUGGAGUUUGCCUGUUUGAAUUUCUAACUGGAAUUCCACCUUUUAAUGAUGAAACACCAACACAAGUCUUCCAAAAUAUUUUGACCAGAGAUAUUCCCUGGCCUGAGGGUGAAGAAAAGCUGUCUGAUAAUGCCCAAAAUGCAAUAGAUAUUCUUCUAACAAUUGACAGUACUAAGAGAGCUGGACUGAAGGAACUGAAACAUCACCCCCUCUUUCAUGGUGUGGACUGGGAUAAUCUGCAGAAUCAAACUAUGCCAUUUAUACCUCAGCCAGAUGAUGAAACUGAUACCUCUUACUUUGAAGCUAGGAAUAAUGCUCAGCACCUGACUGUGUCUGGAUUUAGCUUAUAGCAUCAUAAGUGAGACUUCUCCAUGUUUUUGCACACUUACAGGUUGUCCUAUAACACUAGUUUAGUCUUAACUAAAUUUCCUUGCCAAAUUCAGAGUGUAUUUUAUCAGUCUGUUUUUAUUACUGUAUCCUUUAUUCUAAAGUGAAACUACUGAAUGAGAUUUAGCUGGUAUCAAGCGUCUUUGUGCUACUUUUAAUCUCAAUUAGUGCACCUUACUAAGAGGCCAGAGCGUUGUAUUUCUUGGAGCUAGUGACAUUUGGCAAUGAUGGGGCUUUUUUUAAUAGCAAUGAGUUAACUCCUGUCAGGAAGUGUGAAGUUAUUUACCUGUUAAAUGUAAUAGGGAAAGGAAAUAAAUACAUGCUGCAUGUCUCUAAUUAUAACGUAGCUGUUGGUGAUAGAGUGUAAUGGCAGUCUUGUUUAGGAGUGGUCCUUUAUGACCAGUUUGAAUAUAUCAGCUGUGCAAAACUGAUACUUCUGUGCAAGCUGGAAAACUGAAAUGUCUGUCUUCUUUUUAUCUUAUCCCAAGAAGGGUUAAAAGAGAAAGACAGUGUUGUUCCAAGUUAACUUGACUAGAUGUGGCAUGUGAGGUAAUACUUCCACUAGUUGUUACCCUAGUUGUUAUCCCACUAGUUGGGAUAGGGAAAGGAUACUUGGGGCUGGUCUGUGUGGAAAAAAAAAACAAACAAAACAACAAACAACCAAAACCAAAAACCUGUUUAAGUUGUUGCAUUGUAACCACUUAGGCUAUAGGAAGAUGAACUGAUCAGCAUAUAUUUUAGCAAUUACUUGUUUUAAAUAGAAAAUGCUGAAUGUGUGUGUGCUCACUCCUGUCAAUGAUAGAAAACAAAAAAUCACGUUAGCUAGCAAGUAUUAUUCAUACUAAAGCUGCUAUAUAUUAAAGACUAUAAUGUAUUGCAAAUAAACAAACUCGUUCUGUAAACUUUCAACCACAUCUUAGAUUUUAUUGGAACUUAAGUUACACGUGUAUGUUCAGUAUUAUAAAUCCUAACUAGGGGGAAGUAGACUGAAAUAUUUUUAAAUGCCAUACAACUUGCAUCAGCUAGAUUUUAGAGGUGUAUCUGUAGGUAAUUGUUUAAAUUAUCUUCAAUGCUUUUCUUGCAUUUGGCAUCUUCCUCAGCUGUCUUACUGAAGAUUUUUAUUUUUCAGGUUGGUACUUGUUAGAUUAAGUUAACUUGUGAAAGAUGGUGUUGCCAGCCAGUGGCCACAUGCCAAAAGCCAAGCACUUUGUUAGUGAUUUUUACCAAGUCACUUUUUGAGUCUUGUGAACUGACCCUCCCUGCAGGGGAGUGAGGUGCCCUGAAAAAAAACACUUACUGAUGGAAAUCUGAGCAGUGUCUUCUAGGCUCCCUGCUAUCCCCUCAGGUAGCUGGGAAAGGAAUUAGCAUGGUAGAGAAAAAAGAAAUUUCCUAGAAGGACCAAAAAAACAGGUAAUUUCUAACAGCUUAGAAUGACAAAUCCUAGCUCUAGGUGGGAUACUUCAAACAUGGAGAAAAAGAAUCUUGGCAAGUUGCAAAACAUAGUGACUCUUGCUCCCUUUGCUGAAGACUUCAGUUUCAGAAAACUUCUCAAUUGUUGAAUCUUACUGAAAUUAAUGAAAAACGUGCAAACAAUCAGGUGCAAUACACUACUGAAGCGGUAUCCAUAGACACCACUUCCUGAAUAUAAGCUCUUUAGCAUUUUUCUGUGUAUAUUUAGAAAAUAUGAACUGGAGGAAGAGGAGUACCUUAAGUAAUUACUGGUAUUUUAACCAAUUUAUUCUCCCAUUUCUAGUAAUCUGGCUUAAGAAAACUAGUCUUAAGACUGAAUCUCAGUUCCAUGGCAAAGAAAAUAAUCUAAAAAUGUGUUAAGAAAAUAAUGUAAACUGAAUAUGACAACAGCUCUUUGUCUGCAGUUCUGUACAAAUGGUAUUACAUCUGUUCCCAUUUUGUGGUAGAAUACAAGCUCCAUAAGGUGGAAAAAAAUAGUUAUGUUGGUACGACAUUUAAACCCCUGAAAUAAUUCUAAAUUAGCUGCAAGGGUCAAGUAAGCUUCUGUCUAAAGUUUUUCUUAACAAAUCACAAUGAACUGCUUAUGAGUCUUUCAGGUAAUCUAACGGCAGUGUACAUAAAGCUAGAGAUGAUAGAACACCAAAACAUGAGGCAUAACAAUCUUGUUUUAUAACACCACACAAACCCAUAAAUUCUGGGGCAUGAUAAAUGGGCCAACUAACAAAUCAGAAUGUCCAGUGUCACAGCUGCUGCUACCCUGCUGUCUAGAACUGUUAGACAUGCACAGUUAGCACUGCUGAUUUGCAAUACCCCGUUCGCUUAAAGAUCUUGCAUUUAUCCUGAUCAGAGUGACCAGGGAGUUGAAUUUCAGGUUGAUUAUUGAUGUUUGUGGCAUGGCUUUGCUUGUUGUGCUUUGGGGUUGCCUUUGUUUUUUUCACUAAAAAGGUGAAUCCUAGCUUUAUUCUUCAACAUGGAAUUCCUUGUCAACUCUUAAUGUUGUUUUUUGCCCCACUGCAAGUAUUUGUGUAAGCUGGGAAAAGUUUCUGGUCCCUAGAAGCUGUGGGAUACAGCAUGGCAAGGCCUGAACUUCCUUUAUGUGCAUCAUCUACAUAUGAACUCUGUAGCUUCCAGCUCCUCUUAGGAGACAGUUUUUCUGCAACUAGCUGGACAGAAGUGUGCUAAAAACUGCAGAGAUCAGUAACUGUCACUCUCAUACAGGAACAGCAGUCUUGGACAAUUACUGCUACAUCUGACUUGCUCUAAGGCUCACCUGUAUGUUGCACAAUGUUUGGAGGCCAAGAUACUAAAACAGGGCCAUGUGUUCUUGAGUGAGCAGGUUCCAGUUUCAGCAUGAUCAAGUUUACCUGUGGUUACACUUACAGUAAAAUGUAUUUUCCUCCUUACUGCAGCCUCAGAAAAUCUGCUUGCACACUUGUGUAAAUAUAGAAAAUAAAAUACUGCAGUCUUGGA